UGUCACAUUGUCACCGAAGCAAAAGAGGAGAAAUUUAUGAUCCGCUUCAAUAUUCAGAUAUUACACAAUGGAAGGCUUUGUCAUACCACCUGCCUCUGAGGAAAUUAUUGAAAGUGAACCGGAGAGUUAUCGGGCCUCGGCCGAGUUGUAUUCUUACCUUGCGAACAUGGGCAACGUUUACGAAGACUACAGGUGGAGCUUUCACUCAGAGCAUGUCCAGCCUGCAGAUUUGGACCAUUUACCGUCCAGUCAUUUAACGGAACUUCAAUGCGUGGCUCCUCAGCCAAUUCAUCCUUACCGCUAUGGGGUUGAUGAUCAUCUUCACCUGGAUUCCCCUCUCACCGUGUUGCCACAAAUCCCAAACUACACCUCGCCGUUGUACUACCAGUACCAAAGUUCAGUCACGCCCGCCCACUACUAUUCAGAAGGGGAACAAAGAGGUGUCAGCCCCCCACUUGAGGUAUCAGAAGGCGAGGAUGCAUCAGAAUACCACAACCUGCCCUCACUCAAGAAAGACACAAACACCAGAAGGAAAAUCCGCUUGUACCAGUUUCUCUUGGACUUGCUAAAAAAUGGCAACAUGAGCGAUUCUAUCUGGUGGGUGGACCAAGAAAAGGGCAUUUUUCAGUUCUCCACCAAACACAAAGAAGCCCUGGCCAGUCAGUGGGGUGUCCAGAAAGGAAAUCGCAAAAUGAUGACCUACCAAAAAAUGGCUCGCGCGCUGAGGAACUACGGGAAAACUGGCGAGAUUCAAAAGGUGAAAAAGAAGUUGACCUACCAGUUCAGUGAGGAGGUUUUAAGGAGCUUCUACUCUCAACAGUAUGUUCACUGAUCAGGACACUGGUUUUUCUGUCUUUUUCAUCCUAUUACACUAUCAAUAUGUCGUUGUCUUCUUGCAAUUCUGUUUCUAUUUAUUUGCUUCCUGUGAAAUAUUUCUCUCAUUUUUAGUAUCCAUCUUUUGAAGUCAAUUGUAAAUACAUAUUUUUUUUUGUUCUUACCAAUCAAUAAAGUUGAUAAUAAAGUCAUGCAAUAAAGUGGCAUGUGGUGGCUAUACUCUCCUGUAUAUAGAAGUUCGUUACAAUUAGGAGUGUAAAUCACCAAUUUCAUGACAAUACGAUAUCAAUGGACACCGAUGUAUUAUUUGCUCAUUCAAGUUAUUUGCUCAUUAUGUGCUCCAAUAAAUUUA